AUGUCUGUUACACCUGACUUCGCCGGCCUUGGGGCUCACGAUGCUGCUGCAAGUGCAUUUUCCUCUUGGGGAAAUAUCUUCAACACAUUGUGGAGUUCUGGCGGCUCCCACGGCUGGCCGCGCGAUGAGGACCUUGCAAAGGAUCCCAAGAGACUGGCCUCCAUAUGCGGGCCUAUCAACGCCAGAAUGAUCAAGGAGAUGAACUAUUCUGGGGCGCCGGUGCUCAAGGCAGAGGCUGUCGAGUCUCUGCUAGAGUACAUGUACAGGAGAUCAGUUGAGUUUGGUGUUCCUCUGGAUACGCCCAUCUCCUCCAAAGGAUUCCGCUUGGGAUACUCCCUAGGACUGCUUGCCCAUCCCCGCCACCCCACGGUGGUCCAGGGAUUUGUUGGUCUCUUCACAUGGCUCGUUGUACAAUACGAUGACCUCGUUGGACAGGCAGAGGGGGCAAUGGUUGAGGAGGCCAUGGCCUUCCACAAGCGUUUCUUCAGCGGCCAGCGCCAGAAGCACAACCUGCUAGAAGGCCUUGCAACUCUUCUACGGGAGGCCUACGACCACUGGGACCCCGUGUUGGCCAACAUGCUUCAACUAUCCGCCUUGAAGUUUUUGACCUGCAACCUGUUGGAGCGACACGAAGGCUUCUUAAGCUUUGAAGUCACCAGAGCAGGCGAGAAGUUCCCUGAUUUCCUCAGAGACAUGUCGGGAAUCAAUGUUGCAUACGCCGUCUUCUGCUACCCUAAAUCGAUGUAUCCUGACGUUUCACAAUGGAUCGAGGCCAUUCCAGACAUGGCCAGGAUCAUCGAUAUCGCAAACGACGUCUUUUCUUUCUACAAAGAAGAGCUCAGCGGCGACACCCGAAACUAUAUUCACAAUCGGGCUCUGACCACGGGAAGGCCACUUCUUCAAAUCGUUGAGGAGACCAAGGAGGAGACAAUGAGUUGUGCCAGGCGGGUCGCGACCAUUCUCAAAGGAAGGGGCACGUAUGAAGCAUCCUGGAACGAGUGCGUCGCGGGCUACAUAGCCAUGCACACAACAAACGCACGUUACAGGUUUGCCGAAAUGGGUCUCGGGGAGGAGCACCCCCUCGCCCCCUUUGAGCACAGGAUCGACGGAGAUAUAGUGAUUUCUAGCGUUAGCUGCGCUAAGGGCAAGGAGAGGAAGGACAGUCGCCGUUAUUACAACUAUAACCAGAUCAGCCAUAUCGCUAUAUGGUGCCCUAGGCGGAAGCCUCUCAGCCCUACGAAGGCUAAGAAGGUUAAGAAGGUCAAGAAGGACCCUAAGCCUGAAGGAAGCAGUAAUGAUAGUGCUACAGAGGAGCUAGGAAGUUCUGAGGCUGAAGAAAGCUUAGGAAAAGACUUACAGCAAGACCAUAAAGCAAAGGUUAAGCUAGUACUACAGAAGCUUGCUCUUGCAGGGCUCCAGCUAGACCCUUAUAAGUGUGCGUUCUCUGUGAAGACAGUUAAGUACCUAGGGUUUAUUAUCACCAUAGGAGCUGCGCCAAAGACGGUUAAGGGAGUUAGAAGCUUCUUAGGGUUUGCAAACUACUAUUGGAUCUUUAUCCCAGCAUACUUAGAGAUUGCUGGACCCCUUAUAUCUCUUAUAAAGAAGGGCGUCCUAUUCCACUGGGGUAAAGAGCAGGAAGUAGCAUUCCAGGAGCUUAAGAGGAUCUUUACAGCUAAGCCUAUCCUAUAUCAACUAGACCCUAAGCGUAUAACCUAUGUUGAGGCUGACUGCUCAGGCUUCACCCUUAGAGGAGUACUAUCAUAA